GCGCACACAGGAGGUGCUUUCGUCAACGAAUCGCGAGGGACGGAGCCCCGAGGAGGCGGGGACAGUCCGCAUGCGAAGCUAAUGCCGCCAGCAGAGCGCGAUCGAGUGAUCCGGGCGAGAUGCGGUGCGUGUAAAUCCCCCUUUUUGGAAGCGGGCGACCAAGAAUGGACUCCCUCAGCGACCCUCUGUGCUUGCAAGACUUGGUGGCGGGUGUGGGGCCCGCGGACACGACGUCUAUGACGCUGGCGACGUUAGCACCUCCGGUCGCGAUGCACCAUCCGAUGGGACACCACCUGAGCGGAGCCCUCAACUCGCGGGUCUCUCUCGAGUCGUCGUGUUCGGCGGCCGGCGCCCUGCAUCACGACGUAGUGGAUCCCAAGAAGCGAGAUGCAUUAUCCUUCUAUACUUCGAAACAUGCCUAUGAGAGGAAAAGUCCAUAUUCUGUGUCAGCGUCAUCGGUGUCGGUGGUCAGCGAGAAGGGAGGUGGUGACGGUAGCGGUGGCGGCGGGGGAGGCACGGCGACGUCGGCGGACGCUGAGGACGACCCGAAGAAGAAGAAGCGCCAGCGGCGGCAGCGCACGCACUUCACCUCGCAGCAGCUGCAGGAGCUGGAGGCCACCUUCGCCCGGAACAGAUACCCGGACAUGUCCACCAGGGAAGAGAUUGCUAUGUGGACAAACCUCACCGAGGCACGAGUCAGAGUGUGGUUCAAAAACAGGCGCGCCAAAUGGCGGAAACGCGAACGCAACGCGACAGCAGAACUGAAGAAUGGCUUCGGCACGCAAUUCAACGGACUCAUGCAACCCUUCGACGACUCCCUCUACUCCGGCUACUCCUCGUACAACAACUGGGCCUCCAAAGUCCCUUCCCCACUUGGAGCCAAGAGCUUCCCGUGGCCCGCGGUCAACGUGAACCCUCUUGUACCCAGUCAGGGCAUGGGUUGCUUCAACUCUGCCACGACGGGUAUUACUACGUCCUCCAUCGUACCAUCAGUGAGCGCCGGCAACAGCCUCAGUACGGCGGCUGCGGCGCCUUGCCCCUACGCGACACCGGCGUCCCCAUACGUGUACCGGGACCAGUGUUCGUCUAUGUCCUCAUCAAUAGCGUCCCUGCGACUCAAGGCUAAACAGCACGCUGCCUCCAGCUUUAAUACCUACAGCCCUCCCAGGCAAGGGAACACGCUCUCUCCGUGCCAAUAUGCCGAUCGCCCUACGGUGUAACCCAGGACGGCGAGUCUGCGUUAAGCCCCGAACCAGGGGCGCCCACAGGAGGACUUACGGACGCUGUGUGCAAACCGUCGUCGUGUGUUUCUAGUCGGCGAACUAAUGCUUUAGGCAUGUCCUGUUUCGUCUUGAGUCGCAGGGAAGACAAGGACUUCCAUCGUCAAGUGCAAAAAAAAAAGCUUUCUUGUGUGCGUGCGUGCGUGUGUGAUCUUCGAACGAGAAGACUUGAGUGGUCUUGACGCGAGAUAUUGUAUCAAAGCGCGUGCGUACUUUUUCAAAAACUGUUCUCGCGAUCCCACGUGGUGAAAAGCGGUCGUUUGUGGAUGUGGGUGUUGGAUAGUGCGCGUGGUCGAAUGUGUGAAAAGUGAGUUUGCGCGGAAACGAUGGCCAAUCCUGGUAACGAUUGUAUACACUAGCAGGGAAGAGCUUUGGUAGGAUUUGCUAUGCCUCCGUUUUGUGCAAGCUGGUGUCAGAAUCGUGUAUAGUACUUGGUGCGUCGCAUGUACCGUUUGCAAAGCCACGAGUCGCGUUGUAGCUUCGUAAUCUUGGCGGACUUGAUAUUUGUGCGGUCUGCUCUAUUUUCACUCUGACGGAUUAUUCGGGCUUAGUUUUUGUGAAUGAAAUAAUGAGAUCGCCAAAGGAAAGUGGUUUUUUGUGAUGACUGGUUUAUCAUGCGCGUAACAGUUGAAGUGCCACUCUGGCUAAAUGACUACUGACUACAACUAAAAUGUUUUAUUUUAUUCCGUAUGUAGCAACCUCGCUCAAAGUCUUGGCAUGCAAAACACAAAUGCCCUCAGUAGACAUUACGCAUUUCUUAAAUUGUCGAAGGGGAUCCGUGCACUCUUGAUUGUUUCGGAUUGUCGAAGAGUAGAUGACGUCAUCAUGUGCUGCGGCGUCUAUCUCCUAGCAACAGCGCUGGCACUUGUCCGGUCAUUGUCUCCGCCGCAAGUUAGAAGGUCAGCUUUGGUGAGGAAUCUGAAAGCUUAAAAAACUGUUGCCUGACGGAACACGGACAUUAUGCCGUCACACUCCUCAAAACUAGAAAUUGCUUUCGUGAUCCUUCCCGUCACUUUGAGAAACAACAUUUUGGCAAAAUACAAUGUAAAACACGUUGAUGAUUACAAUUACAUCAAUUUGGCGGGGUUCUGAUUACGCGAGAUUUAGUCGUCGCGGUACUUUAGGAAGAGCACCAGCGACUCAGAAGAUCCGUCUGGGUCAGGGCUAUGGUUGGCAACAGAAGGCAAUGUGCGCGUGUGUGGGCAUGUAUAUAUACAACAGUAUGAAAAAAGCCAGGUUCCUGUACGCGUUACCAGGUGCGGCCGUCAGUACAUUGCCGUUGCGAUAAUUUCUUAUCUCAACCUACAUGCACGGCUUCCACAUUACUUCUCAUUUCACAAGACAAGCUGAAAUCAGGUCAAGUCAUAAUGUAAUCUGCAGGGCGUCAUUUCUUUGGGGCGGUAGUGUUGCCGUGACAUAAUUGUGGUCAUCAAAAGACUUCCAGGUUUCGAAAGAGACAAAAUUUUCCUCUACGAAGACACCGGAGGAACGUGCAUAUUUUUUCUUACAUGGGCCUCCGGCAUGCAUAAGAAGCAUUCGAUGUUUUAAGUGUCCUGUCUGAAACCGCAAAGUGCAAAACAUUCAACUACGAUGAGGCAGAAGCACGGGGAGCCUCAAGCUUAGCUUCUUUUUGCCUAUGACCUCUUGGAACGUCGUCCUCGUAGGAGAACGGACCCUCUGGAGAAGCUAUCGCGGCGUGGUGGGUCUCACUGCCCAGUGGGCUCUGAACAAAGUUCCAGGAGCUUGUACGCAAGCUGUGAUGCGAUCGCACAGAUGGGAUUGCUUUGCUUUAUCUAGGCCCCCCAUGUAUUAACACCAUGCCUCGAAUCUUCACGAAGCUCCCAUCAAAGACUUCUCCGCCGAACUCAUUUUACCUACUUAUCACAAUGACGUUCGCUGCAUGGUCCAGAAUGUUGUUGGAUGACCGUAAGUGUAAAAUGUGAUAAUGUGUCUAAUAGUAACGCAAUAGCGGUUUAUAGCACGCAUUUGGAAGAACUGAACUCUGGGAAUAACUACAACACUGCAACGUUCAUACGUAUAUAUUAUAGAAAACGUGUGAUGACGACGGACAGCGUCGUCUGCUAUGAUAAUUCCCUGUUGCAGAACGUUGCGGCCGCAUGCCAGCAUUUUAAUUACUUGAUAAUAAUAUUCAGCAUAAAACUUCAUUAGUAUGACGUUUAUCCGAAGGCGCAGCAGUAACGAAUUACACACGAGCGGAACGAAAAAUUCUUGAAACGACUUUGGGGAGAAGCUGCAGCGUACAAUUGCCAGAGUGGAAGGAGGUACACUAUAACGGUUUCCCGUAGCGGAUCGUGCUCCGCUUAACAACCUUCUGAGCCGUGCAUGGAGCGCCUAUGUGGCAGGUGUGUGAACUAAUUGCGGCACCAGCUUCUUCUUGGAAGCACUCAGGCCUGGUGUAAUACGUGGCUUUAUGCACUUAGCGGUUUCAGUCGUUCGAAGCGAAGUGAAGCCAAAAUGAAACGACUCCAUGGUACAUUGUCUAAGACACGGGGUUUUGCCCCAAGACAGUUGUUUUUUUGUUGACAGACUUACUUUGAUGUUAUGCUUUUAUAUUCCAGAUCGGUUAUGAGUAUUUCUACGUUUGUCAGUUGGCAUGGUGCGGUUAUUAUGUUGUAGGAUGCGCAAUGUUCCUUAACUUAUUUACGAAUAUAUGUUUAUAGUUGUAUAUUACUUUUGUAGUAGGAUCCUGAAAGGAGACCAGAUUUUAUCUUGUAGGGGAAAAAAAUUGCAGUGGCUUCUGUCAUGAAAUGAGCAAAAUCUUAUCUCGAAGGGUGCGUUUGUCCGAGGCAUGGUAUGCAGAUAUG